AUGGCGGCGGCGGCGGCGGCGGGUCCGGCGGCUCCGGCUGCCCCCGCGGCUCCGGCCGCCCCCCCGGCUCCGGCGGCUCCGGCUCCUGAGGCGGCGGCGGUGGCGGUUCCGGGGGCGGCGGCGGCGGGGUCGGCGGGGUCGGCGGGCCCGGGCCCGGCCCCUGGGGUGCCGUCGGGCCCGGCGCUGGGCGGCCCGUUCCCCGGCGGGCGCGUGGUGCGGCUGCACCCGGUCAUCCUCGCCUCCAUCGUGGACAGCUACGAGCGCCGCAACGAGGGGGCCGCACGCGUCAUCGGGACCCUGCUCGGGACGAUCGACAAGCACUCGGUGGAAGUUACCAACUGCUUUUCGGUGCCGCACAACGAGUCCGAGGACGAGGUGGCCGUGGACAUGGAGUUCGCCAAGAACAUGUACGAACUGCACAAGAAAGUCUCUCCGAGCGAGCUCAUCCUGGGCUGGUACGCCACGGGCCACGACAUCACGGAGCACUCGGUGCUCAUCCACGAGUAUUACAGCCGGGAGGCUCCCAACCCCAUCCACCUCACCGUGGACACCAGCCUCCAGAACAGCCGCAUGAGCAUCAAAGCCUACAUCAGUGCUUCGAUGGGCGUCCCCGGGAAGACGAUGGGGGUGAUGUUCACGCCCCUGACGGUGAAGUACGUCUACUACGACACCGAGCGGAUAGGCAUCGACCUGAUCAUGAAGACGUGUUUCAGUCCCAACCGGGUGAUCGGGCUGUCGAGCGACCUGCAGCAGGUGGGGACGGCCUCGGCCAGGAUCCAGGACGCCCUGAGCACCGUGCUGCAGUACGCCGAGGACGUGCUGUCCGGGAAGGUCUCCGCCGACAACACCGUGGGCCGUUUCUUGAUGGACCUGGUUAACCAGGUGCCCAAGAUCACUCCCGAGGACUUCGAGACCAUGCUGAACAGCAACAUCAACGACCUCCUGAUGGUGACCUACCUGGCGAACCUGACCCAGUCCCAGAUCGCUCUCAACGAGAAGCUCCUGAGCCUGUGACGGACGCCCCCGCCCCGGUGACCGGCGGCCCGCCCCGUCCGUCUCAUCCUCGGUCCGGUCCCCCUGGCCCGGCCCCGGGGGGGCUUGGAGCGAGGUCAUCCGUUGGUCGUCCCCCCCCGCCCCCGACCACGACAGUGGCCUCUCUGGGGCGCAGUCAGCUCCCUUACCCUGAAGGAGCGGCGGCCCCCCAAUAAAGCUCUAUUUCUAUUUGGUAA